CCAUGGAAACCUCGACGCGGAUCCCAGAGUGCCCGGCAUUUGGUCUCCGCUUCCAGCCGGGUGCUGCCGUCUCCUGGGGCCCGCUGCGCUCCGUGAGGACGAGGACACCCCGGGCGAGGUCUCGCCGGACCCAGCCCAGGGACCGGCCCAUGGCUUCGCAGGAGAGGACGGAGACCGCCGCCAAAGGAGCGAGGUUCUGGCGCUCCCCCAAGAAGGCCACGUACACCCCGGAGACCUGCGAGCUGCUCCGAGUGAUGAUGAAGGAAUCCCAGCUGACCAACUUCCAGCAGCGCCACAUCAUGGACACCAUAAAAAGAGGGGACCCUUUGCCCCUACAGUGCAACCCGACCUCCAGCCAGAGAGACUGUCCUGUCAAGCUGCCCACCUCCAGCCACCUGCCCCCCAUCCCGUCCGCCCGCUCCGGCCUCCGGCCUGCCAGUGUGUGCCAGGCCAAUGGGGCCUACACCAGGGAGCAGUUCAAGCCUCGAGCCACAAGAGACCUGGACAAGGAGAAACGAAGGCUCCAACACAUCUUUGCCACUGGGAAGGACCCAGAGGAACGGAGAAAGAAGGAAACCCCGGUGCAGCAGGAGGACCUGAGCCCCGCGGUGGACCGGUUUGAAGAAUUGGUGAAGGAGAUCCAGGACAGGAAGGAAUUCCUGAGUGCCAUGGAGGCCCUGGGCCAGGGCAAGCAAUACCGGGGGCUCAUCCUGGCCGAGAUCUCCCAGGUAGACAGAAGUGACCGGAAAGCGGGGAAGGGGUGGGCGCGCCAGGAGUGGGGGGGGGGGGUUCCAAGGAUGGCAGAACCCCGAGCCAGCUGACCCCACUUUUCCCUCUCAGAAACUCCGGGAAAUGGAAGACAUCGACCGCAAGAGGAGCAAGGAACUUUGCAAGGCUCUGGCCGCCAUCUAAGACGGGCGGGCCAGCUCAGCCUGGCCACGGGAGCCCACCCACACCAGCCCCCAGCCGUGGCCCGCCCCGAGGCGCACAGCAGGGACGCCGGCGACCACAGUCAGACACAGACCUGGGACCCGAGAAUCUCUCCUAGGGGGAGCACCCAGGCACGGUGAAGGCAAGGCCCCAGCCUCACCACCCCGGACAUGUUGCGAGGGCACCCAGCCUCCGAGGACCCCACCCGUGGCCGUUCCGAACCUAGGAAGGAAGAUGACUCCUCCCACCUGCCUGUCUUAGGACCUAUUGUUAUUUGACUUUUUGUAGCCUCUGCAAUACAACACGCUUAACUUGG